AUGGUGUUGGGGAUGGUGUUGGGGAUGGUGUUGGAGAUGGUGUUGGGGAUGAUGUUUGGGAUGGUGUUGAAGAUUGUUUUCAGAAUGGUGUUGGGGAUGGUGUUGGAGAUAAUGUUGGGGAUGGUGUUGGAUGGUGUUGGGGAUGGUGUUGGGGAUGGUAUUGGAGAUUCUGGUGGGGAUGGUGUUGGGGAUGGUGUUGGGAAUUGUGUUGGGGAUUGUGUUGGCGAUUUUGUUGGAAAUGGUGUUAGGGAUGGUGUUGGGGAUGGUGUUGGGAAUUAUUUUGGGGAUGGUGUUGGGGGUGGUGUUGGGGAUGGUGUUGGGGACGGUGUUAGGGAUGGUGUUGGUGAUGGUGUUUGGGAUAAUGUUGAAGAUGGUGUUGGGGAUGGUGUUGGGAAUUGUGUUGGAGAUGGUGUUGGUAAUGGUGUUGGAGAUGGUGUUGGGGAUGGUGUUGGGAAUUGUGUUGGGGAUGGUGUUGGGGAUUGUGUUGGAGAUGGUGUUAGAGACGGUAUUGGGGAUGGUGUUUGGGAUUGUGUUGGAGAUUGUGUUGGAGAUGAUGUUUGGGAUGGUGUUGGGGAUAGUGUUGGGGAUUGUGUUGGAGAUGGUGUUGGGAGCUGUGUUGAGGAUGGUGUUUGGGAUUGUGUACGGGAUGGUGUUGGAGAUGGUGUUGGGGACUGUGUUGGAGAUGGUGUUGGGGGCUGUGUUGGAGAUGGUGUUGGGGAUUGUGUUAAAGAUGGUGUUGGGGAUGGUGUACGGGAUAGUGUUGGUGAUUGUGUUGGGGAUGGUGUUGGAAACUGUGUUGGGGAUUGUGUUUGA